CGAAAACGUCAAAGCGGCGGCUAUUCACGUAGAAACUCACGGGGCUUUUACAGCGUAGUGACCAGGAAACAUGCCUACAUUACGCAGUUAGCGCUAGAGAUCCAACCGCCGCAGGUGAGGUCAAAUGCAGAGGGAAGGGAAACCGCGUCGUUGACAGGCGCAGUGAACAAUCAUGUCUAGCCUUAACCGACGCGAAGAAACGGAGACUGACAAAGUGGUGUUGUGUGAGAGCCUUGCUAUAUGGCUCCAGACCUUCAACACUGCAGCACCAUGUACGACUGUAGAGGAGCUGACCACUGGAGCUGCCAUUUCUCAGGCCCUGCAUCAGAUAGAUCCAGCGUGGUUCAGUGAGAGUUGGCUUGGUCGCAUUAAAGAAGAUGUUGGGAAUAACUGGAGACUGAAGAUGAACAACCUGAAGAAGAUACUUCAGAUGAUGGUGGAUUACUACAAUGAGGUCCUGAGCCAGCAGAUCCAGGAGUUCCCCCUGCCAGACCUGGUGAAGGUGGCAGAACACUCAGACCCUAUAGAACUGGGACGACUGCUGCAGCUCACACUGGGCUGUGCUGUCAAAUGUGAACGCAAGCAAGAGUACAUCCAGAUCAUCAUGACUCUGGAGGAGUCCGUACAGCAUGUGGUGAUGACAGCCCUUCAGGAGCUGAUGAGUAAAGAGAACAUGGCCCAGUUUGGAGCAGAGCCACCGGGGGACGUAGAAUCACAGUUGAAGAAGGCUCUCGAGGACCUGACAGAUCUGAUGGCAGAAAAGGAGGAGCUAGCCCAGCGCUGUCAGGAACUCGACGUACAGGUGACGGUCCUUCAGGAGGAGCGGAACAGCCUAUUAGCUGAGAACGACGUGCUGACGGACCGAGCCAAUCAGCUGGACUCGUUUGAUGACCCGAGCACGCCCUCCGGACGGAAACACAGCCAGCUACAGAUACAGCUAGAGACACUACAGGAGGAGAACUUUAGGCUAGAGGCAGCUAAGGAUGACUACCGUAUCCACUGUGAGGAGUUGGAGAAGCAGCUGAUCGAGGUUCAGCAUCGUAACGACGAACUCACCAGCCUGGCAGAGGAGUCACGAGCACUUAAAGACGAACUCGAUAUCCUCAGGAGCUGUUCGGACCAUGCUGUGAAGCUGGAGGCGUCAGUGGAGACAUACAGGCGUAAACUGGAGGACCUGGGAGAUCUGAGAAGACAAGUCAAACUGCUGGAAGAGAAGAACAUGACCUACAUGCACAACACUGUCAGUCUGGAGGAGGAGCUACGCAAGGCUAACACUGCCCGUGCACAGCUAGAGACAUACAAGAGACAGGUCCAGGAGCUGUACUGGAAGUUGUCAGAAGAGUCUCGGCGGGCAGACAACCUUGCUUACGAAAAGAAGAAGUUUGAAGAGAAACUUGACGCCGUGAUGAUGGAGAAAGAGAGGAUCAUCAUUGAGCGAGACUCUCUGAAGGAGACCAAUGAGGAGCUGCGAUGUAACCAGGCUCAACAGGACCAGCUCCUACAAGCAGGGAUGGCAGGGAUGCCAGCUGGUACCCCAACCCAUGAUAACCUUUCUGCUGAGAUCCUACCUGUAGAGUACAGGGAGAAAUUUAUCCGGCUCCAGCAUGAGAAUAAGAUGUUGCGUGUGCAGCAGGAGGGAUCAGAGAAUGACAAGAUCUCUGAACUACAGACACUGCUAGAGGUGGCACACAGAACCUGCUCUGAACUGGACACUGACAACAGGUUAAACAGGGAGAGGGUCACUGAGCUGCAGCAGCAGGUAGAGGAUUUACAGAAAGCCCUACAGGGCCAGGGAGCCAAGACUGAUGACUCUCACCUGAAGAGGAAACUGGAUGCUCAUAUGGUGCAACUGAACGAGGCGCAGGAUGAGAUCAUGAAGAAGAAAGAACUCCUGGAGGACUUGCAGCCAGACAACACACAGACCUCUCUGAGACUGGAUGAGCUGAUGGCUGCUCUAAAGAAGAAGGAUGAUGACAUGAGAGCCAUGGAGGAGAGAUACAAGAUGUACCUGGAGAAAGCACGCAAUGUGAUCUGUGCAUUGGACCCCAAGCUGAACCCAGCCAAAGCAGAGAUCCAGGCUCUAAAGAACCAGCUGACGGACAGAGACAAGAGGAUCCUCAGCCUGGAGAGGGAGUGUGAGCAGGCAAAGCUGAGAGAGUAUGAAGAGAAGCUGAUUGUAACAGCAUGGUACAACAAGAGUCUGAGCCUCCAGAAGCUGGCGAUCGAGGCCCGUCUCGGGGGUCGCUCCACCUCCAUCGUGCCCCCAGUUCAGUCCUUCCUGACCCAGCAGCGCCAGGUCACCAACGCUGCCCGCAGGAAACUCUCUGUCAGCGUGCCUGCCACCACCACUAAGUAGACCUGGGAUGGGUGACUACUGAGGUGGGCCAGCGUGUGUACAGGCUUCUUCUAUUAAUGUUGAACCAUGAUUAGUUCGAUCAGGUGUGUUAGUGCUGGUCUGGAACAAAGGCCUGCUGACACUGCGGCCCUCUAGGACUGGGAUCUCCUACAUCUGACGUAAACAAACAAAUGGCUCCUCUCUAACUCCUUUCCAGAAAUGUACACUCAAGUGACCUUAAGCACAUUAGUUCUCAGUCCCUGGAGAGGGGACAAGCAUGCACUGACUGACUUGAACAUGAGCACUUACUCUAACCAGGUUCCCUCCUCACUGAUACACCAGACGGUAACAGUUAUACUCCUCACUACAGUUGAGGAUGUUUAUUAUCUCCGGUAAUGAGUUUGGUCUGGCAACCCUACCAACAUGCUUUAUUAGCUUAGCACAUAGCCUAGCACAUAACACUGACUGAGCCCUACAAUAUACCGGUGAUAGCCUAGCUAGCAGCAGGCUCUGACUAGCAGUGAUUCCUAACCUUGACAUCCUGACAUGUACACUGAGUGUAUAAAACAUUAAGAACACCUUCCAAAUAUUGACUCCUAUGCCUCCCACAGUUGUGUCAAG